AUGCCAAGAACCAAGAUUGAUAUAUUGAGUGAAUUAUUCGAAACGGAAGUUUCCUUCAUUCAACAUAUACAAUUUGCUCUCUUACUGACAGAUAAAUCACCCCAGUUUGAAUUCUACAAAUCACAUUUACAAAAGUUUCAAAAUUUCAUCUCGCCAAACUCUCAAUUAGUUUCAAACUAUUCUAAAACCAUUAAUCCCGAUAAUUAUCAAUUUUUAUUAGAAGAAUUUACAUCAAAUUUAAUUAAAAUGCUAAAUAUCGAUGGUUUUCUCUCCACUUACAUUGCUCUUUGUCAACCUGAAUUGAGAAGGCAAUUGGCACAUUUGUUUUGUGGACGAAUGCCCAGAUAUAGUUUGUUAUAUCAAGAUAUUUUGAGCAGGGAAUCGGAUGAGGAUAUUAAGGACAGAAUUAUUAAUCCAAUUUUGGCAAAAUUAAAUGAAAUUUGUACCUUACUCAAUUCAAACUUUGCCAUUAUUUCAGUUAUGAAUAUGAGGGAUGAAAAGUUUUUUCAAAUUGAAAAUCUUGAGAAUGAAUUGGUGAUUGUGGAUGUGACUCUAAAUAUUAAAAAGUUUAUGUAUGGAAAAUUCCUUUACAAGAAGAGGAAACUUGUGCAUGGAAUGAUUUACUUUCCCAGAAAUAGCAAUCAACUCAUCUUGUUAAAAGUAAAAGGUGAAAUUGCUCCUUAUUCUCCCCUUCACUAUCUAGUUGAAUUUGGAGGUAAAGGAAAAGUUGUUUAUUCCAACUAUUCAAUUUACAAAAUUAUUGACAUGAUGGAAUGUGAAAUUAAUUACAAAGAGGAAGGAAUUGAAAUUAAGAAAAUAUCAAAAACCAUUACAAUGAGCAUGGAUGAAACAGAGAGCAAAAUCAAGAUGUGGAAUUUGAUUUGUUUAAAGAGAUAUAAAGCACCCAUGAAAUUUAGAAUCAAUGAGAAACGACCUCUCUAUGAUGUACAGUUCAAUUUUCAUAAUUAA